CUUCAUUUAACUUCGCCUUCUCUUCUUUUCCUCUUCGUGGAAGCAGCGUUUCCCACGAAGAGCAUGCGGGCGAACUAACUAUGAGCAACAGGCGCGGGCCUGAAGUGAGAGAGCGACGCCGAGAGGAAGAUGUAUCUGUGGCGCUUGUCCAUCGCCCUGACCCUCGGCCUGCUGUGGUGCUUCUCGGACUGCGGCCGCACCGUCACUCAGUACGUCCUGUGCUUCCUCUUCUGUGUGUCGACUCCGUGGCUGCUGGGGAGCAGCGGGCGAGAGAGCGGCACUCAGACUGAAGAAGAGUCCCGGGACCACCAGGAAACCGCUGAGGGAGACCUGUUCGGAGGUUUGGCGGAUGGAGAAAGCAGCGAGCAGGCCCAACUGUCUCAGUAUUCGCACGUCAAGAGGUCUCUACGACAAGUGUUCGAGUGCAUCUAUUCCCGGCUGGUCUCGCCUUGGUACGUGGUUCCGGAGCCACGCGAGCAGCAGCCCCUGCACCAGGUGCUCUGCAGGGAAUUUGACUUUGUGAUAGACCGCAUCAUCGAGCGAGCCAAAGACUUUGAUAUUUGCCAGGCGGUCGUGGGCUCCAUUCGUAUUCUGACCCAGCACUUGCACAAUGCGAAGCAGUCUGACAGGGAGCUCUUGUUCAGCUCCGCUGCAGAUGAGGUCGCAGUUCUUCGAGAGUUUUCCGAUGCUCUUGUGCGUAACCUUUUUCCCAAAUCGUUCUGGGGCCAAGAAGUCAACCGCUGUGCCUUGAAUGAGAUUGUUGCCUUAAAGGGGUUGGGCCUGUUGGUGACGUGGCUGUCUGACCCCGACAACCUUAACCAGCUGGUGCUGAGCCAACUCGACAGAGCAUCUCCCAAAGACUCUGUGGAGGAUCUGUGCGGAUCAGACCCGGAACAAGACUCUUUGUCGUCGCAGGAGGACAAAGACGAGGGGGAGGUCAGGGAAGUGAACUUGGAGGGAGAAGAGAUUUCAAAUGGCACCAGCAUCAAGGGCAAAAGGAAAGGCAACAAGUUAAAGAAAGGCUGGUCCAAAUUUGUCGACAAGAUGAAGUCUAAGAAGGCCAAGAAGAAGAAGAUGAAAAUGAUGGAGCAGAAGCUGAUGAUGAGGAUCAUUGCGAGCCAGGAUAACGCGUCCAACGAGGACGAUGUCAGCAGCAGGGAGGGCUCAAUUUACAGCCAGCAGGACUCUGACAGGGAGGACAGUGAUCUGGAGAACUAUUUGACAACAGUCCAAGAGGACAUGAUGGAAUUCAAGCUGUCGUAUGAGAUGUGGCGCGUUGGCCGCUGGGCUGUCAGCAUCCCUCAUGCCGCCUGGGAGGAUGAGGAGCUCAUCUUCACCGUUCACCUGGAGGAGAACAACAGCCCGGAGAACCUACAGUGGGACAUCAGGAAGACCUACAUGGAUGUGAUAUAUUUUCGCAACAGAUGGCAGGACUCAACCACCCUGCCCACAAUCCUGGAACUGGAGCAGUCCGAGGUCAACAGUGGGGUUAAAGACGAGGCUAGAGUGUCAGUGGAGCACUUUCUGCAGGAAUUAGUCUCUGAUAAUUUGAUCGGCCACACUCAACCAGUUUUUCAGUUCCUCUGCCCGCUUGACAAACUGUUGAAUGAAGAGGAACACUAUGAAGGCGUGUGGGGCCUUCUCAGCGGCUUGGCCUACUUCCUGACUCCGGGUCAAGAGGAAGAAGAGACCUCUAGCCCUCGGACAGAAGCUCAAAAAGAAAUCACAUCGCCUUCGCCACACCCAGAAUCCUCAGCUCAGCCGUCAGAAAACCCCGGUGCCUCUACUCAGAAUGGCACAGAUGUUCCCGUUGCUACUCUCCCAACUAUCGUUAUCUCCCACUGUGAUCCUUCUUCAGAACUGCCAGAGGAGGCGGAAACGGAAAAGCAAACACAGUCUGCUGUUAACUCGGACGUGACAAGUAAUGAAAACUGUUCCCAAGAAAAAACGGAGGACUCUGAUAUUCCCCUCACCGCUCACUUUAAAAUGAUUUUUAGAGGACUGACCCGAUCCAAGUCACAAGAGUCUCUGGCCUCAACAAAAAACAGCAGUGAUGAAGACCCGCCGGACUCCGACUCCUCGCCACACUGCAGCCAGAAUCAAAGCUCACCGGGGGAGAGUGCAGAAGGCCCGUCUUGGCUUAAUUUCAGCGUGAAGUCAAAUAAAAAGGAGAAGAUAUGUUUCAAGACGCCAGUUGGAGCGAACAAGGCCAAAGUGAAGGAGCAGGGCACUUCGCCUAGAGGGGAGGACUCUCAGGGUCAGAAGAGCCAAGGCAACUGGGAGCAGCUGGAGGCGACCAAAGCUAUUUUUGAUCUGCUGAAAGAAAUUUCUGGAAACUCCAUCCUCAUAAACAUAUUCGAUGCCAUUCUGAAACCUGUUAUGCCAAUCUUGAAAAAGAAAGUGAACUCUUUCUUAAACAAGUUGAACCCAACAGAGGCGGAGAUGGCUGCGUACAUCGACACUCUGCGAGACAAACAAUGGCCAGAGUGUCAACCAGCAGCGCCUCCUCCUCCUCCUUCUCGCACCGAUGAGGAGAAAACCAAGACCAGGGAGCGAGCACAUGACCUCAUCAAUGCCAGAUCUUCAAACUAUCUCAUCCUUAAGAAGACAGAUGUGGAGUCUGUCUUUAAUAUUUUCCAGGACUGUGAAGAAAACAAAAAACUGGUAUAUAUGCUACUGUCAUUCAUAUUAAGGAAAUUCUUUCCUCGCGAUCAUUCCCUCAAUCUCAGCGCUGCUGCCUUACUAAAAGCGACCAACUCUUCAAACUGAUCAGUGAAUCCUUGACAGCAUUUUAAUGGUACUUUUUGACAUUUUAAAAUAUCAACUUAUUUAUAUGUAUAUUUUUUUUUUAAUGACUUAAAAUAUUUCAGACCACUUCUGUAUAUCAAACAUCCUUUUCUGAAUUUUUACCUCAAACCCAUACUGUGAAUUUUUCCUUUUGUUUUUGUACAUUGUUCACUUGUCAUUGGGAUGAAUCCCGUUUGGAAUUUCAAACCUUUAGUGUUUUCAGAGGAGAAAGUAAAUAUUUUUCAAAUUUAGUUUAAAUUUCACACCUCACGUUUACUGUAAAAAAAAUUGCAAAUUUCUCAAAUAUUGUCACUUUGAGCACUACUGUAUGGUGAGAGUGUGUGAAUUUUGGAUGAUUUCACCUCAAGUUUUUAUAAAAAAUAUAAUAUCUCAUCAUUACAGUUUUGCAUAAAUCUGUCAAAACAUGGAUUGUACCGAAGGAAACUUGAAAUAAUGUUCAGAUAAAGAACUUGAAUUUAUUCCAAAUAAAAUGUUUUAAUAAAUGACUUUUUACAGUUA